AUGGACGAAAGCAAACGGAAUUCAAAUGAUAUUGAAUCAACUAAUGAUAGAAGAAAGAAGAUACGAACAAAUAAUGAGAAACGAAUAUAUAGAUCAUCCUUUGAAGAUUUAUCGAACGAAAUUGUCUAUGAAAUUCUUGAUUUUCUCGAUGGAUGUGAUGCACAUGAAGCAUUUUCAAAUCUGAAUGCCCGUUACAAUCGCAUUGUCAAUUGUCCAUCUCGUCUUCUCAAGAUUAAUCUUUCGUUUACAUCUAAAUCAAUAUUCGAAUAUCGAUGUAAAAAAAUAAUUUCGGAAAAUGUCGAUCGGAUAGUUUCACUUCAUAUAUCAAGUGAACUUAGUAUUAGUCUCUUUCUCAAAUAUUUCUUAAUCGAUUCGUUCAUUUGUCUUGAAUCACUUGUCCUCAAUCAAAUCAAGUCAGAUGAACUUCAACCUCUCUUUACUCGUUUGAUGUUACUUCCUCGUCUCUUCUCUUUAUCUAUCGAUGUUAUUGACGAAAUGAAAAACGAAGAUCUUAUCUUCGGUCUAAUCUUUCAACUACCUAUGUUGGAAUAUAUUAAUUGUAAUAUUCGGACUAGACGUCGAUUUAUUCGAUGUCCCUAUCUUCUUCGCAUUCCAAAUCAUAUUAUUGGGCAACAAAACAACACAAUCAAAUAUCUGGUUACUAAUCAUUAUUGGUAUCUUGAUCAACUUGGUCCUCGUUCGUAUAUGCCUAAACUUCGUCAUUUGUCAUGUAGAGAAGGCUGCGUUCUCCCAAACAUACAAAGAGAUAUGUCGAUAAUUCCGUCCGAUUUGACAGAGAUCUGUAUUACGGAAUCCUGCCAUUUAUCAUUCGAUCAGUUCGAAUUAUUUAUUUCAAAAUUAUGUCCUCGCCUACAACUCGUACGUAUUCAAAUACGUGAUGACAAGAAUUAUCUCGAUGCUGAUCGUUGGCAAUGUUUAAUUGUACAGCAUAUGCCUCAUUUACGGAGAUUUUCUUCUCCAUUUUGGCGCGAACAUCAAUGGUAUUUUGCCCAUCAACAUUCCGGUUCUUCGAACUUUCGUUUUGGCACAUUUUAUUCAAUUCAACGAUACAGGCAUGAAUACCAUAUGUGGUCAAUUAAAGACGACUAUAUAUGUCCAUAUCGAGAUCGUGGACUCAAUAUGGCUCGACAGAUCUUCAUUGACAGUUAUCAAGCUCUCACUCAUUGCUUACUUAGAUUUCCACACGCAACUAACUUCACGUUUGAGGAUAGAGAUAAUGAAGACAACUAUUUGCCUAUUGACGAUCUCAAUCGUAUUGUUCCUUUGGCACAUCUUAAUCAAUUAGUUAUUGGUUGGAGAAAUCUUGAACGUGUUCAGUUACUUGAGCUUCUUCAUCAUGCAUUCAAUGUUCAUUCGUUGGAACUCAUUUGGUUUUCCCAUCUACCAAUACCAUCUUUAUCUUCCAAACAAGUUGAUAAUGAUCAUGUCAUAUCUAACAGAAAUAACGUUCAAUUGACCAUUCGAUCAAAAUCCACUCACAUUACGUCUCACAAUUGGCGGGGUAAAUCAUGA